CACAGCUUCAGUACCAACCUGCAACUCAAGGCUUUCGACAAUGAAGUUCAGUUCCAUCAUCGCCGCUGGCGUCCUCUCUGUUUCUGCUCUUGCUAAGAGCAGCUACAAGUAUGAGCGUCUGGACAAGAACGAUGCCGUUCUCCUCGUGGUCGAUAUCCAGGAAGGUCUUUACCAGUUGACCAGAGAUUGGGAUCCUACUCUGUAUCAUCACCAGUCUAUGGCCCACGCUGCUCUUGGUCAGGCUUUCGACAUGCCUGUUAUCCUGACUACCUCCGCUGAUCAGGGCCCCAACGGCCCUCUCAUGCGAGAGAUCCGCGAAAUGUACCCCAAGGCCCCUCUUGUCCAGCGCCAAGGCCAAGUCAACGCCUGGGACAGCGAAGAGUUCCGCGACGCCGUCAAGGCCACCAACAAGUCCCAGGUCAUCCUCGCCGGCAUCACAACCGACGUCUGCACCACUUUCCUCGCUCUCUCUCUCCGUGACGCUGGCUACUCCGUCUGGGCCAACAUGGAAGCAUCCGGCACUACCACCCCUCUGAUCCGCGACAUUUCCAACGACCGCAUGCGCGAUGCUGGUGUUCAGGUUGUUAGCUUGUUCUCUAUUGUCUGCGAGCUUAUGCGCGACUGGAGGAACAAGCCCGGUGCCAAGGAGAUCUACCCUUGGCUUGGACAGUACUACCCUGCUGCUGGUUACAUGGCUCGUGCCCAUGCUGCGGCUAUUACUAACGGAACUAUCCAGCCUGGUGAGGAUGGAUACACUCACUACCCUUAGAGCUAGAUUGACUUCUGGUACUAGCAGUUGUUGCCUAGAUGGAUGAUGACUUGCUCUGGGAGCUGGCUUGAAAGGCAGCUGGAUAGUCUUCAACUCCCAAAACAACCGUCUCUGUCCCCAUUUGGAGGAGAUGGUUUCAGAUAGACUUACUUCAUUCUCCUUCAACUUUUACAAUGAAUACACGAUCGUUGCUUCCUGAA